AUGGAAGCUUCCGUCUCAUCCUCAGCAUCGGCGAGAAAGCAAGAAAUUCCUGAGGAACAGCCUCGUCGAAACGACACGACGGCAGCUCGGCAUUCCAAACGAUCUAGUCGAGAAAGCGACGAUGAGUUGAGUAGCUGCGCCGACCACCGUCGCACGCGCAAUCACGGAAAGAAAAAGAAGAGCAGGCACAGAUCCCAACAUAGCUCAGACGAAGAUCAGAAGAAAAGCUCGCGCAAAGGCGUUGGCCGCCGACGCAGACGAAGAAGAGAGGCUAGUUGCUCGUCGGAAGAUAGCUCCAGUCACGAAGAGGAUCGCAAACGCAAACACAUCCGAAAGAAGAAAAAGAGAAGUCGGAAACGUAGAGAUCCUUCCAGUAGCGCCAGUGACGGCGACAUGCGAGGCAAAGCACGUCGGAGCGUUGUUACGGGAGAACGGAUUCGAAUGAAGAUCGACAAGACGGAAGAGGAUCUAGCCCAGGAAGAAGCUAGGGUAAGCUUUUAUCUUCUAUCGGCUCUAAGCGGAUGCAUGAUUACCGAAAUCUAA